GGUUCGAUGGUCCGAAGACGCCAGCUUGUGACGGGGAGGGGGAGAAGGAAGGCUUCCGUAAAGGGUGCCUUUCCGUCCUUUCGCUCCCGGGGACCCUCGGAAAAAGCCCACCAUACCGACCCCACGGCUAGCCCCUCCCCCAGGCUCUCUCCGCUCGAUUUCGCACCGUUAUGUGGGAAGCGAAUCCGUGAAAUGGCCGAGCGGGGUGAACAGUGCUGGAAGAAGAAAGCAGGAGUGUGGAAUAGCUAACGGGACAGUGGGUCUUUACAUGUUAAGUCAUCGUCUUUAUUAUCUGGUCAAAACACAUAAGAGAUGUUUCACAAGACAGAGGAAUUCUUUCCCAAGAAGACAGAGAGUGAUGUGGAUGACAUGGACACAUCGGACACACAGUGGGGCUGGUUCUACCUGGCGGAGUGUGGAAAGUGGCACAUGUUUCAGCCGGAUACCAACAUUCAAUGUUCAGUUAGCAGUGAAGAUAUCGAAAAAAGCUUCAAAACAAACCCUUGUGGCUCCAUUUCCUUUACUACUUCCAAAUUCAGCUACAAGAUAGACUUUGCAGAAAUGAAGCAGAUGAAUCUUGUCACUGGAAAACAGCGCCUAAUAAAAAGGGCUCCCUUCUCCAUCAGUGCCUUCAGUUACAUCUGUGAAAAUGAGGCCAUCCCCAUGCCAACACACUGGGAGAACGUGAAUCCUGACGUUCCCUACCAGCUGGUUUCCCUGCAGAACCAAACACACGAGUAUAAUGAAGUUGCCAGUCUUUUUGGGAAAACAAUGGAUCGGAACCGAAUUAAAAGGAUUCAAAGGAUUCAAAACUUAGACUUAUGGGAGUUCUUUUGCAGGAAAAAGGCUCAGCUCAAGAAAAAGAGAGGUGUCCCCCAGAUCAAUGAGCAAAUGCUGUUUCACGGCACCAGCAGUGAAUUUGUGGAAGCAAUUUGCAUUCACAACUUUGACUGGAGAAUCAAUGGUGUGCACGGUGCUGUCUUUGGAAAAGGAACCUAUUUCGCUAGAGAUGCGGCGUACUCCAGUCGUUUCUGCAAAGAUGACAUCAAGCACGGGAACACAUUCCAGAUUCAUGGGGUCAGCUUGCAGCAGCGACAUCUGUUCAGAACCUAUAAAUCCAUGUUUCUUGCUCGAGUGCUAAUUGGUGAUUACAUAAAUGGAGACUCGAAAUACAUGAGGCCUCCUUCCAAAGACGGGAGCUAUGUGAAUUUGUAUGACAGCUGUGUGGAUGACACCUGGAACCCCAAGAUCUUUGUGGUUUUUGAUGCCAACCAGAUCUACCCUGAGUACCUAAUAGACUUCCACUGACCCUGCCUCCCAGGCUUAGUGGUCAAAGCUUUGCUCUCUCACCGCAGGAGGACUUGACCCCCUGUCUAGCCGCUAAUAGAAAUAUUGGAUACUUUUGAAACAGAUACAGAAAAGAAUGCGGCCUAAGUAUAUAAAGAAGUACUGGCUGUCAGGUUGGUUA